UAAGAUAUUCAUCUUGUACCGGUCCGUGGUAAAAUUUAUUUACCAAUACCAUGCAUACAAAAUUUUGAUCAUCCUCAAUUAUAUGUUUAAUCCCGACAAUGCCGGGUCAAUACACUAGUUGUAGAUAUAAUAUAAUGUUCAUAUUAUAGAUGCAUUUUCAUCGGUUUAUUCGAUUUCACUGAUACAAACAAUGGAAUUUCUUAGUAAUAUUGAUUAAGGUUAUCACGACCAAGAAGCCAAUUAAUUUUGUAUUACAGAAAAGACGAUAACUUAUUUUGUCAAAGGGAAUAUGGUUCGGCCAAACAGAACCAAAGAUUUUUACUAUAUAGUAUAUACCUAAAGAAAUAGUAAAGAGUACAGUUGAUUGCUCUAUCUUGGAGAAACCAUGGCAUCUAAAAUAUGUACCGUUACUAUAACAUUGCUUAUGAUUAUUAAGAUUCAAAUGUGCUUAUGCCAAAUCAACAGACAUAGCUUUCCAAAGGGUUUUGUUUUUGGAACUGCUUCUUCAGCUUUUCAGUAUGAAGGUGCAGUAAAAGAAGAUGGAAGGGGGCCAUCUAUAUGGGAUACUUUUUCACAUAUUCCUGGCAAAAUACAUGGUAACAACAAUUCUGAUGUUGCAGUGGAUCAGUAUCAUCGAUAUGAAGGAGACAUACAACUUAUGAAGGACAUGGGAAUGGAUGCUUAUAGGUUUUCUAUUUCUUGGACUCGUAUUUUUCCCAAUGGAUCUGGUGUAGUGAACCAAGCAGGAAUUGAUCACUACAAUAAACUCAUUGAUGCUUUACUGGCCAAAGGAAUUGAACCAUAUGUGACCCUCUACCAUUGGGACCUACCUCAAGCAUUGGAAGACAAAUACACAGGAUGGCUUAGUCCUUUGAUCAUAAAAGAUUUUGCAACAUAUGCUGAGACAUGCUUUGAGAAAUUUGGAGACAGGGUGAAACAUUGGAUAACAUUCAAUGAACCUCAUACAUUUGCUUGGAUGGGGUAUGAUAUUGGACAACAACCACCUGGAAGAUGCUCAAUUCUCCUUCAUCAUUUGUGUAGAAGUGGAAACUCUGCUACUGAACCUUAUAUUGUAGCUCAUAAUGUCCUUCUUUCACAUGCCAUUGUAGCAGAUGUUUAUAGGAAAAAAUAUCAGAAAAUACAAGGUGGAUCGGUGGGUAUAUCUUUGGAUGUAAUUUGGGUUGAAUCAGCAACAAAUUCUAAAGAAGAUAUUGAAGCAACUCAAAGAGCCUUAGAUUUUACCCUUGGCUGGUUUCUUGACCCAUUGAUUUUUGGAGAUUAUCCAAAAUCAAUGAAAAUUAGAGUAGGGAAAAGGCUUCCAAAGUUUUCAAAAUCUGAAGCUAAUCUUGUUAAGGGUUCAUUAGAUUUUGUUGGCAUCAACCAUUAUACUACAUUUUAUGCAAUGCACAAUGCUACUGAUUCACUUCGGGAGUUAGUUCAUGACUACAUUUCAGACAUUGGUGCUGUUACUGUUCCUUUCAAUGGUACUGAGAUUAUUGGAGAUAAGGCAAAUUCUUUCUGGUUGUAUAUAGUUCCACAAGGGAUGAGAAGCCUAAUGAAUUACAUCAAACAUAAGUAUGAGAAUCCUCUAGUAAUUAUAACUGAAAAUGGAAUGGAUGAUCCAAAUGAUCCUUCUAUCUCAAUCAAGGAUGCUUUAAAUGAUGAGAAGAGGAUUAAAUACCACAACGACUAUUUGAGCAACUUACUAGCUUCUAUCAAGGAAGAUGGAUGCAAUGUAAAAGGCUAUUUUGUGUGGUCACUGCUGGAUAAUUGGGAGUGGCAAGCCGGAUUUUCUUCUAGAUUUGGUCUGUAUUUCAUUGAUUACAAUGACAAUCUAAGGAGGUACCCAAAAAAGUCUGUUGAAUGGUUCAAGAACUUCUUGAACUAA